AUGAGCGACCUCUUCAAAAGCGACUCGGUGGGGACGGGCGUGGUGGAAAUGUUUCCUGCGCGGGUGAAGCAUAAAACCUUUCUUCUAGCCGGCCUCGUCCGUGGAGAUCUAGCUGCGACCACCGCCGACGCGCUCGCACACGGCGGUGCUGGUGCCAUCAUCUUCACGGGCUACUCUCAGCCCGAGUUGCAGCCCGUUAUUGAUCACAUCAACCGCAAGCACCCCAAAGUGAAGAUCAUUUUUAUCACCGCAGAUACUGGGAGCUUGGCCUCCAUCCAAGAGGCCGCGGCAAUCGUCAAAAAACUGACCGUGCCCAUUGACGGCAUCAUCGGGUUCCCAACGGUGAUGGCUGCACCAUGGGAGACCACGGCGGACGGGAUCGAGUCUCAGUUCCAGAGGAAUUAUCUGUGCCAUUUCUUGCUGGUCAAUCUGUUGCUGCCGACCAUGUCUCCCGAAUCCCGCGUGGUUCUAAUCACGACCAGCAUCCGGCGAGAGGCACUCGCUCCCAACUGGGAGGAUGUUGAUAAGACAUCGGAGAGCGAGGAGGCUUAUCAUCCUUUGGAUGGAUAUGCGCAGUCGAUGUUUGCCAAUAUCCUGUUCGUCAAGUUGCUUGCGAGAGUGGGUGCGGAUCGGUCGAUUGCUGCAUUUUCUGCAAAUCCCGGGAAUACCAAGACCAAUGUGCAGACCCAUGUCUCUCCCGAGGAGGUCUCCUCCUGGUUGCAGCGGAAGAAAGAAGGUAUGUUUGAGACCUUACCAUCGAUAUAUCCCAGGGAUUAUAAACCAGGAUCUGACGGAGCCUCGCAUUCAAAGCUGGCCAGGAUCUGCCCAUCCUCCUGCAGCAAGCACCCAAAUCCCUGGCGCAGAGCAGUGCGACCAUUCUUCGUGGAUUGCUGGACCCGAUACUCGAAGGUGAGAGGCCUACGCGACCAGCAUAUCCACAAAACUUAUCGCCAUUCCUCAGAUCAGUCCGGUGCUUUUCUCGACAACUGCCAAGUGCUCUCCUUGCCCCAUCUUGACUUUCCCGAGGGCGAAGACAGUGCCAAGGUGUUGUGGACAUGCAGCGAAGAGCUGGUUCGGGCAUAUUUGGAAGCAUAG